CCCGAUAUAAAUUCCGAAAGCUGAGGCCACCGGUGGUCUCCUCUCCCUGGACUUCCCAGCUACCGCCGUCCCUUUCUCUCUCCUCGAGCUCUUCUUGGAUCGCAGCUGGACUCCCCGGCCGCGUCCUCCAGCUUUCUCCCCUCCUCCUCGGCAAACGCGUGAGCAAGCAUCUCAAAUGGAUUUUUUCACCGAGUAUGGUGAGGGAAACCGGUACAAGAUAGAGGAAGUUAUAGGAAAAGGGAGUUACGGCGUGGUCUGCUCUGCUCUGGAUACACACACGGGUGAGAAAGUUGCUAUCAAGAAGAUAAACGACAUCUUUGAACACGUGUCUGAUGCAACACGGAUACUUCGUGAGAUCAAGUUGCUUAGGCUCCUAAGGCAUCCGGAUAUUGUGGAGAUAAAACACAUUCUGCUUCCCCCGUCAAGGAGAGAGUUCAAGGACAUAUAUGUUGUUUUUGAACUCAUGGAGUCUGAUUUGCACCAAGUGAUAAAGGCUAACGAUGACUUGACUCCAGAACAUUAUCAGUUCUUCUUGUACCAGUUGCUCAGAGGGUUGAAGUACAUACAUACAGCAAAUGUAUUUCAUCGAGAUCUCAAACCAAAGAAUAUCCUGGCGAAUGCUGAUUGUAAGCUCAAAAUAUGUGAUUUUGGCCUUGCAAGGGUAGCUAUAAGUGAUACUCCAACAGCCAUCUUUUGGACGGAUUAUAUUGCGACAAGGUGGUACCGAGCACCUGAACUGUGUGGAUCUUUCUUCUCGAAGUACACACCAGCAAUAGAUAUAUGGAGCAUUGGCUGUAUAUUUGCAGAACUUCUAACAGGAAAACCUCUUUUCCCUGGGAAAAAUGUGGUGCAUCAACUGGAUAUAAUUACAGAUCUCUUGGGAACGCCUUCUCCAGAAACAAUAGCUAGGAUUCGAAAUGAGAAGGCCAGGCGCUACCUGAGCAGUAUGAGGCGGAAAAAGCCUAUACCAUUCACGCAGAAGUUUCCGAAUGCAGAUCCAUUUGCACUAAAUUUGUUAGAGAGAAUGCUAGCAUUUGAUCCAAAGGACCGGCCAAGUGCUGAAGAGGCUCUUGCUGAUCUUUAUUUCAAGAACAUAGCUAGUGUGGACAGAGAGCCUUCUGCACAGCCCAUUACUAAGCUCGAAUUUGAGUUUGAGAGGAGGAGAAUUACGAAGGACGACAUAAGAGAACUAAUAUACAGAGAAAUUCUGGAAUAUCAUCCAAACAUGCUGAGGGAAUUCCUUGAGGGCGCUGAGCCAACUGGCUUCAUGUACCCAAGUGCAGUAGAUCAUUUUAAAAAGCAGUUCACAUUCCUUGAAGAGCAUUAUGCGAAGGGAUCAACAGCUGCACCGCCUGACAGGCAACAUACUUCGUUACCAAGGCCGAGUGUUAUCUAUUCUGAUAACCGGCCACAAGGUGCAGCAAACAUCACUGAUGAUCUUUCCAGGUGCAUAAUCAGAGAUAAUGCACAAAAAACACAGAAAGAUCCUUCAGUUGGUGCAAGCCGAUUUCCUCAAGCUGCUGCUGCUGCUGCAAGGCCUGGUAAAGUGGUUGGUUCUGUGCUUCGUAACGGUAACUGUUCAACAUCUGGUACCGAUCAAUAUGAACAGCGAAGGGUUGCCAGAAGCCCAGGAAUUGGUCCGAACGGUGUUCCUUCGGGCAGCUCAUACCCAAGAAGGAACAACACCUGCAAGAGCGAAACAGGUGAACCUGAAAGGAUCAACGUGAGCCAAGCUGGGCCACCAAAGCCAUAUGCAGGAAACAAACUACCUGCUACCGUCGAUGGCCGCAACGGGCACUGGUAGACUGCUGAAGCAGUACCAGAAAAAUCUUAGUCAUGGCACAUCGUGAAGAGUUGCUCAUCAAAAGUACACGUUCAAACACUUCUGCACAGAGUUGUAUUAUUUGUCAGGUUAACAUCUCCAAAAGACCGCAAAUGAAGUCCUUGAGAUGGGCGGUGGCUCAACUUCUGAAUGAGCUGGUACAGAAGACUACCUGGAUUUUGGUAGAUUCAGUUCAACUGCUCCUGAAGUUGGUGGAAACCUUGCGGUUGACCUGACUAGUGGUGUUACUCACCGGUGGCUCUGAAGAUGGGUCGAAGCACUCAAUUGUACACUAUCUGAUAUUGUAACUUGCAGGUUAAUCGACUUUAUUGAAGUACUUUCUAGUUGCUAGUAGCUUGUCAUUCAGCUGCAGCCUGUAGUACUGAACUAUUUACAUGUCUGAUAAACAUUAUUUGGAGACAACUCACUAUUCAAACCCCUGAUGUUGUAUCAUUA